UUGCUUUCCUUCUCACGUAAAUCUUCUCCCCACUGUCUCUUUCUCGUUUUUUUUCCAUUUCUGUCUUUCUUCUUCUUCUUCUUCUUCUUCUUCUUCUUCUUCUUCUUCUUCUUCUUCUUCUUCUUCUUCGUCUUCUUUUUCUUCUUCUUGCUUUCUUUCUUUCUUUUUCUUUUUUGUAUUUGUUACCAUUCUAUUUCCUUCUUUCUCUCUUUCUUUCUUUCUUUCUUUCUUUCUUUCUUUCUUUUUCUUUCUAUGCAUUUGUUACCAUUCUAUUUAUUUCUUUCUCUCUCUCUUUCUGUCCCUCUCUCGCUUCCUUUCCUUUUUUCUUUCUUCCUCUCUCUUUCUUUCUUUCCCCUUUCUCUCUUACUUUCUUUGCAUUUGUUACCAUUGAAUUCUUUCUUUCUUUCUUUCUUUCUUUCUUUCUUUCUUUCUUUCUUAUAUCUUUCUUUCCUUGUUUUUCUAUCUUUCUUUCUUUUUUCUUUGCAUUUGUUACCAUCCUAUUUCUUUCUUUCUUUCUUUCUUUAUUUAUUUUUUCAAUAUUUACUUUCUUUCUUUCUUUCUUCUUCUUUCUUUUUUGCAUUGUUAUCUUUAAUUUUUUUCUUUGUAUUUGUUACCAUUCUAUUUCUUUCUUUCUUUCUUUCUUUCUUUCUUUCUUUCUUUCUUUCUUUCUUUCUUUCUUUGCAUUUGUUACGGUUCUAUUUCUUUCUUUCUCUUUCUUUCCUCCUCUCACUUUCUUUCCUUCUAUCUCUCUCUUCCUUUCUUUCUUUCUUUCUUUCUUUCUUUCUUUCUUUCUCGCUCUCUUUCUUUCCUUCUAUCUCUCUCUUCCUUUCUUUCUUUCUUUCUUUCUUUCUUUCUUUAAUGUUUUAUUUUCCGCCUUUUCUUCUUUCUUUCUUUCUUUCUUUCUUUCUUCAUUUUUCCAAUCUUUUCUUUUUUUUUUCUUUCUAUUCUUUUGUUUUUUCUUUCUUUCUUUCUUUCUUCUUUUUUGCAUUGUUAUUUUUCAUUUAUUUCUUUGCAUUUGUUACCAUUUUAUUUCUUUCUUUCUUUCUUUCGUUCGUUCGUUCGUUCUUUCUUUCUUUCUUUGCAUGUGUUGCAGUUCUAUUUCUUUCUUUCUCUUUCUUUCCCCCUUUCACUUUCUUUCAUUCUAUCUCUCUCUUCCUUUCUUUCUUCUCUCGCUUUCAAUCUUUCUUGCUCUCUUUUUUCUAUGCAUUUGUUACCAUUCAAUUUCUUUCUUUCUUUCUUUCUUUCUUUCUUUCUUUCUUUGAAUUAGAUUCCUUGACGCUUUUAGAAUGUAUGGACCGAAAACUGCACGAUUUGUGUAAUGUUGACUGCACCAUCGCGGGAAGUGAUUCAUUUCGUAGCCUCGAAAUGGCUUUACAGAAAACUGAAGACCUUCUCAUCGACGACCUCCACAUGAACGACAUACGGCAACUAGAGAAUGUGCAGAAACGAAACAGGGUCAUACGGAAUUUUCUUAUCGAGGAUGAACAUCGUCAAAAUAGUCGAUUCCGUGACCCUUACGCGGAGAGCAUCUCCUCGGAGAGCGUCGUAUCUCGCGGAAGCAGAAUCCGGCAAUUGCAAACUCGGGCAAUCGUCGACCCGGUGGUGCCUUCCGUUGUGCCGACGUCUUCAUCCCACUUCAACAACCAGGAUAGGCGGAAGAAACCGGGGAAGAAAAAGCAUCAUCACGACCCACGCCACCGACACAAACAAGACCUCGAUCUAACCAAGCUACCACCGCCUUCCGCGCUCCAUCCGGCAGCCGUCCACUCUCACUACAGGCAGCGGCACAGAUCCCGAUCCGCCUCCUCAAGUCUGUCUCCCCGGAGAUCGGAAACGCACGGCGAAGACAGCCGCUUCAACCCGUCUACGUCUUCUUCAACAGGUUCGUCAGCAUCCUCGUCCUGCUCUGAUUCAGAGGCGCUGUCCAGUGAUUGGGAGACAACAAGCCAGGGAAGUAUAGGCACGUUGAAUGUUAACAGCGACAUCUCAGAAGAACCUGACCAGGCAAGGGUACUGGAGGCGAGUCGUAGCGUCGACCGGGGUCCUAUUUCUUGCGACUGGAGUUUCCUGCGGUCGGCGGUCCAGGACGAUAAAUACAUGCCGAAAAAUAAAGACACGCUUUCCCAGUCUUCUUUGGAGGUCUGCAUCGGUUAUGCUGACCGUGCAAGUUCAGCUGACUCACUCCGUCGGUACCGACUAGCUAACCAUUUCCAUCACAUCGAUAAGGACGCAAAACAAAAAAGUGGACUGAUGGAAAGAGUAAUUAAAGGUGAUGCUGACAGGUACGAAAGUGCGUCUGGGAGUGCUUCAGUGGUCUCCAAAAGAUCUAGCCAGGACCAAGAGAAACGAACAAGCAUCUGCAAUAGUUUUACGGGCGUAAUUAGCGACUCUAGUGUAAGUUGCAGUGCCAGAGACAUUAAAACGGCAGAUGUACCCUUUUCUUCUGCCUCAUCGUCGUCCCCAACGUCCAGCCGAAGGACAGUUAUUCGAAGCGUGGCAUUAGAUGAGGUGAAAACAAGACAAAAGCCAGCUGCACCAAUAAACUUCUGCAACACAAAUGCUCUUCGGGAGGAACUGAUCGGAAGGUGUCGUCAGGUGCCCAUGGACAUCCACAACCCAUCAAGGACACCAGAAACACUUGAGGAAUCGUUUCAGGAGAAACCCUGGUAA